CAAAGAUCCCCCAUGGGAUGGCCUGUCUCCUGGCCUCAAAGCUGGGGCCCCUCAAAUUUUUUUUGCAUGCCCCUCUCGCGUGUUGGACCGCUAGUCCCGGUUUCUUGUUCGCCAUGGGGAGAUUUGGGGAUGUCGAUUGCUGAUCCGGGUGCCUCCUGUACGACGUGAUGGUGUAUAUAUAAGAGGGCCGUCCACCCUCAAUGAAACCUCCGAGUAUGCAGGGCACAGCUGGGCUUCUCUGAUUCAUAUCAAUAGGCACCUGGCAGAAACUCUGGUUCCAACAAUACUUGUUUGUCUUUGUCUUGUCUCAAUCAGUUGUCUCAGAGUGUGAAUCAUUGGCCUCGUGGCUCCAACACAAUGGGUGUAGACGACAAGAUCGCCGCCGAGGUGGCCUAUCCAGAGCACGAUGAGAAGAUGAUCCGAGACUCUUCCCCUGCAGACGCGGGCAAUAAGCUUGCUGCCUUGACCGAAAACCUUGAAGGCGAGAUCCGAAAUCCUCUCAAGGGCAUCCCCCAAGACACCCUCUUCGCCAAUGUUGAAGAGUUCCAGAGAACAAAGGGCCUGCCCAGCGACAUUCUCCCUCUGCUCCAGAGGGGCGCCCUCGUAGCACAGAACCCUGCUGCUUUCGAGAGCAUCAAUGAGCUGGAAGAGGACGAGAAGCAAGCUCUAAGAGAGGAGGUCACACACCGAUGGAAGCACCCAUGGUCACUUUACUACACCAUCGGCCUUAGCUCUAUUGCCGCAGCUAUUCAGGGUUGGGAUCAAACUGGAUCAAACGGUGCCAACUUGUCUUUCCCCCAAGCUCUCGGUAUUCCAGACAAUGUGCCACUUUGCGGACCUGACGCCAACGCUGGUACAUGUGCCAGAAACAGCUGGCUCAUUGGUCUGGUGAACUCGCUACCUUAUAUCACAAUCUGCCUUUUCGCUGGAUGGAUCGCUGAUCCUCUAAACAACUGGCUCGGUCGUCGUGGCACAAUCUUCCUUGGCGCCAUCUUCUCUCUUUUCGCCCCCUUUGGUAUGGCCGUCUCUCAGACUUGGGGACAGCUGGCUGCCUGUCGUGUGCUCCUCGGUAUCGGUAUGGGUUUGAAAGAAGUGACCGUUCCUGUCUACGCCGCUGAGAAUGCUCCUGCUGCUAUCCGAGGUGGUCUUGUCAUGUCUUGGCAAAUCUGGACUGCUUUUGGUAUCUUCUUGGGAACAUGUGCCAAUCUUGCUGUCGGUAAGGUCGGUGAUAUCGCCUGGCGCCUGCAGUUUGGCUCUGCUUUCAUCCCCGCAGUUCCCUUGGUCAUUGGUACUUUCCUUUGCCCUGAAAGUCCCCGAUGGUACAUGAAGAAGGGAAAGCACCUGAAGGCUUGGAAGUCACUUCUGCGACUUAGAAACACCCCUCUUCAGGCCGCUAGAGAUCUCUACUACAUCCAGUGCAUUUUGGAUCAGGAGGAAGUCCUUGUCCAGCAAGCCGGCCUCACCCAGACUAACAACAUCAUCACUCGCUUCUAUGAGCUGUUUUCCAUUCCUCGUAUCAGACGCGCCACUUGGGCUUCUGGUAUUGUCAUGAUUGCUCAGCAGAUGUGCGGUAUCAACAUCAUCUCUUUCUAUUCUAGCACCAUCUUCAGACAGAGCGGAAUUUCCGACUACACUGCUCUGUGGGCCAGUUGGGGCUUUGGCUUGAUCAACUUUUUGUUCGCUUGGCCUGCUGUGUGGACCAUUGAUACCUUUGGUCGACGAGCCCUUCUUCUCUUUACCUUCCCCAACAUGUUCUGGACUCUUCUCACUGCUGGUCUUUGCUAUCUUAUCCAGCCUGACGUCGAGAACAGCACGGCUCGAAUUGGUGCAGUCGCAACCUUUGUCUACCUGUUCGACGCCUUCUAUUCUCCCGGAGAAGGUCCCGUCCCCUUCAUGUACUCUGCUGAGGUCUUCCCGCUGUCCCAUCGUGAGAUUGGCAUGUCUUGGGCUGUCGCUACCAACAAUUUCUGGGCCUCUAUCCUUUCUCUUACCUUCCCACGCAUGUUGGCUGCCAUGACAGCCCCCGGAGCGUUUGGCUUCUACGCCGGUCUCAACAUUGUCGCCUUGGUUCUCAUCUUCCUCUUUGUUCCCGAAACCAAGCAGAAGACGCUCGAGGAACUCGACUAUGUCUUUAGCGUCUCAAACCACCGCCACGCCCAAUACCAGCUCACCGAGGUGCUGCCGUGGUGGAUCAAGAGAUACAUCUUCUUGCAGAAGAAUGGUCCUUGCCCUGAGCUUUACCACGAUCAAAACCAGGCACAGGCCAAUGCCGGCAGGGCCUAAUUGCCAGAUGUAAAUACUAUUAGCGUUGGGUGUUGGAUGGAGAUGGAUGGGCUUAAGAUACCUUUUUUUUUUCUUUUUGUAUUUAAGUUUAUGUGCUACGGCGAUUGGAGAUUUAUGUGAUGAGUUUCCCGAUGUAGUAAUAUUAAUCAACGAUGGAAAUGAGAACCGCACCAUACGUUCACAAGUUGCCUCAUUAUACUCUCUGUAUGUUAAAUGGACCGCUAUCUCUGCUUGAAACUAUGCUUUUAAU